AUGAGGGUCAAACGGCAGUACGGCAGCAAGAUGUACGAAAGCUCUUGUUCGUACCAGACGGCGCUCGAUCUGAAGCGGGGCGCAUCGCCACUCGUAACGCACCAGGUAAAGUCGGAGGACUGCCUCGGUCUGACACAGUGCACCGAUUGGGGCACGUACCGCUUCCAUCAGUCCACCUUCGAGCAGCUGAAGCAGAGCGUCGAGAAGGCGAAGGCAGCCCUGCAGGACAGAACCUCCUUUCUUGGCAGUUCCAGCGCGUUUAGCGACAUUUACUCCUCGCCCCGGUUGACGGAAUCGUUGGAAAAUGUUAUUUCACAUACCAGCGGUACCAGCAACAACCACGGCACAGCGGGCAGUGGCAACGGUGCCAACAACGGCAAUGGAACCACCACCGAAAGCAACCCGGCCAACAAUGGUGCCUCGAGUAACGCCAGUAACGCCACCAGCUCCAUCAACGUAACGGCACCGAACGCUGGCAGCACUGGCAGCAGCCAUGGCGGCGUUACGACAGGCAGCACGGGUGUUGGUGCUGGAGCUGGUGGCGGUGGUGGUGGUGGUGGGGGUGGUGGUGGAAGUAGUGCGGGCGGUGGUGGCGGUGGAGGUAGUAGCAGUAUCAGUGUGAUAAACGCCACCUCGCUCGUAUCGCCGUCGAAUCUGCUCGGAAACGGGCUGUCGAGCCAGCGCCACCGGAGCGAUCUGCUCGGUGCGGCCAACCUGAACCUCGUCUCGUCCACCCAAUCGCCCACCACCACCUCCACACCAUCGUCAAUCCUGUCGCAGAACCUGGAGUCUCCGGUGGACGCGAAAUCGCGGCAAGGUGAGUCACUUCAAACAAGUUUCUUUUUAAUCCUAGAGAGGGUUUCCUUAGGAGAUUUUUUUUUCGCAAUGUAG